UGUUUUUUCUUUUAAUAAGAUACAUCAAACGAACUUUUUCUGUGACAUAUAUUGAUAGAAAUGACAAAAGUGAAAAAUCUUUCUCUGGAACAAGAUGAGAAUAAUCAGGAUGUAUUGGAAUUUGAAAAUAAUCUUGAGAAGACGUCACGCGACUUAGUCGCAGAUAUUUUAAAUCGGGCUAGAUCUGCAAUCGCACAUGAAUCCUUAGAUACAAAACAGAUUAUGUUGCCUAAACAAAAUUUUGCGUCAUCGCUACCGCAAUUAUCGAUAACAACUUUAUCUCCACCUAAAUAUGUCAGUGAAAAUGAUAAGAAUACGGGAGAAUGUGAUGAUGCGUUUGGCAUUACAUCAAUAAAUCAUAAGUCUGUCAUAAAUGAAGAGAUUCAACCCUCAAAUUUUCAUGAAGAAUUAACUAUCCAACAGGCACCAUCUGAAGAAAAGGUUUCUAAUCAGUAUCAAACAAAAUCUGAUUUCAAGUCAAAUAUUUUGAAUGAUUUCAGAGGUAUUGGAGUUGGCUCAGCUACACCAGAUACUCCACAUCAAAGAGACUAUCAGUGGAAAUCAAGUAUAGAUUUACCUCCAGCAAAUAAUACUGCCUUCACUCAUUCAUACAACUAUCCUCAGAAACCUGUUUAUUUAAGAGAAAUGUCUUUUUCACCUCCAAGUCUUUCGUAUGAUUUAGUUAAAGAUGAUUUAAUUACGUCAUCUCCACCAAACAAUUCUAAUUGUAUUGGCGAAUUCAUAGCAUUAUCUAAAAUGUUAACAUACAGACAAGACUCCCCAACAGUUAUAAAUACAGACGAUAUGGAACAGAAGUUGAAACCAUUCAGUUCACCCCUACCAAUCUACAUUCCUUCAACAGCGUGUACACGUAUCCUUAAAAAUUCUGAAGUUCAUAGAUUUACAGGUGACUGUAAUUCACAACAGCGAAGACUUAGACACAAUGAUUCUGAAGUUGCUAAAUUAUCAUACAGUGACAGUACGUCUUCAGAAUUAGAAAAAAUAAGUAUCGAGUAUAAAAACAACAGUUUUAUGACAAAUAAAAAGCAAGCUAACAAACCGAAUAUACCCCGUUUACAAUUACCUUCAAGUCCAAAACUAACACAUUCACCUAAAACUAAUCAAAUGAGAAUUCGUCAAUCUUCGUUACUACGUAAUAGUAUUACAAGUAAAUCAAACAGUUUGAAAAUACCUAAAUCUACAAGUUCAUCAUUGUGUUGGUGGGAACCACUUAAUCGUUAUGAUGCUCAUAUUAUGGAAGUAGAAGGAAUAAAUAAUUCACCAUAUAAUGAUAAAUUUAACCUACCUGAACCUAAUCCAGAAGUACUGAAACAUUAUUAUUAUUUAUGUGCUCAACAGCCAGUGAAAGAAGCUUCUCUUAUGAAAGCAAUAAAUGAAGCUGAAAUUCAAGCAAAAUAUGACAAAAUUGCACAUUAUGAAUUUUUAAGACGAAAAUCUUUACAAAAUCAGUAUAAGCGAACUAGAUUUUUAAAUUCACAUCAAUCCAGAAAGUUUGGCAUUGAAUCGAAACAUUUAAACAAAAUAAAUAAUAACAACAAUAAUAGUACUAAUCGACCAAAUUUAUGUAGACCUGAACAUUUUACACAUUCAUUACAAAAGGAGAACAAACCGAAGAAACCUUCUGAAUAUUCAGAUGAAGAUGAUUUAUGUUCAACUAUGAAAAAGUCAAAAAAACAACGAUCGGUAUUAAGUAGUACAAUCCAUAAUUCACAAUCUAGAAGAGUAUCUUCAAAAUCAAACAGUCGAGUUCGUAGUUCAUUGAAAGUACGCAAUAAAGGUUUAGAUAAAAAUGAAUAUAAUCAGAAUGAUAGCAUUAAUCAUCAUAUUCAUUUUGAUCAUCAUGAAAGAAGAUUGCAUAGUUCAAAUAAUCAAAGAACACAGCGAAGUCAAUCUCCAAUUGAAAAUAGAAUAAAUACUAUUAAAGAUUCCGAUUACAAUAGAUCAAUUCAUUCACCAAUUAGCUAUUUUUUAGAUUUCAAUGAUAAACCAGAUUACAAUCAACAUUGUACAAAUCUUCACUCAGAAUAUUUUCCCAUAAAUAAACAACAUGCAGAUUCACCUACAUAUAUUAAUUCUGAGUAUGCAGAUAAUCUACCUAAAGCAUUUCACUCAACAGAGCUGCAAACUGAAAACCAUUCAAAUGAAAAUGGACUACACAACAAGAGUAUUCAUUCACGUCGAAAUAAUUUACAUACUAUUCAUCCGAAUUCUUCAUUUUAUCGAAAUUCAGACUUAUAUUCUGGAUCAUUGGAUAGAUUAAGGAGACGAUGUCAUUCAAUUGAAAGAGAACUAGGUUCAAUUGAAAGAGAUAAAUAUGAACAAGGUUUAAAUAAUCCAAUAUCAGGUGAUCCAAGAGUUGAUGCUCUAACAUCAGCCAAUAGAAUAUUACGUCAAAGAUUACAUGAUAUACAAAAGUUACAAGAAAAUAGAGAACAUGCUUUGAAUAAAGCUCAUGAAAUGGUUAAUGGUUUGUUGAAUAAGCAACAAAAACAAGCCUCAAUAAUUCGUGAAAGUACACGAAACUUUGCACAAACACCGUCAACUUUAUUAACAAAUAAUCACGAUAUUGAUGACGAUCAUAAUAGAAAAAGUUAUAUAACAAAUUUAUACAAACCAGUGAUUAAAGAUGAUUCAUUCAAUUUGCCUACUUAUACACCAACUAAAUAUAGACAUUACCAUAAUCAACAUCAUUUGCAGUGUCAUCAUGAUGUCAAUCAUAUCACUGAUCAUUAUGACCGAAAUUAUAAUCAGCAUUCACCAUAUAAUCAUUGUUCAAAUCAACGAAAACCAUUUAAUUCUAGAAAUAAUUCAACAAACUUAUUACUCGAAAAAUUACGUUCAGAUUAUGCAGAUUUAGCAAACAGUGUUUGUCGUAUUGAAGAAAAAGCACGAGAUGCUGCCUCUUCUGUACAGUCAUUAUUAAGACAAUUUCAAAUGGGUCUUAUGGAACCGGUUAAUUUCAGUUCAAUGAAUCAAUUACCGAAUAGUGAUUCUCAUGAGUCAUUUAAUAGAGAGUCUUAUUCAAAUGAGUUAUAUGAUAAAUCUGUUAUGCUUAGAUUGCAAAAAGCAAGAGAUACAUUAGAUCAAUUGAAAUCUGAUUCGUUCCGGCCAUCAAUAAACCUCCAAAGACAAGUAGACUAUACUGUACCACUAACAAUAUCAGUAACACCAACGACCAAUUCAUUAUUAUCGUCCUCAAUCCCAGUAAUGACAACAACAUCUGGUACAGUUCCGUCAAAAAUGAAUCAUUAUAAUCUACAUGAACCACAUUUAAAACAUCCUAAUGUGUAUAAUCGUCCUUAUACUAACUCAUUAAGAUCAACUUGGCAUAUUAGUUAAGCUGUCAAUAUCUUAUUUCGGUCAUUUCUAAUUAUAAAUUAUAGACUGAUCAAUUAUAAAAAAUGAUUAAGAUUGAUGCGGAAAAGAAGGUAAUCUAACAGACAGGAACAAUCUCUAAUGACCUCAGGGAUUAAAAACAGUUUCAUCAAGAAUUCUCUUUACUAUUUUUGUUUGCUUUUGCUUCUAUCGUGUUCUAGAAUAGUAAACAAAUACGUAUGGUAUUGUUUUUUAUACCAAAACUUUUUCUAGCCUAAAAUCUUUCUCUCUACCGAUUUGUUUAUUGUCUUGUUUUUGAUAGUCAUUCAUUAUUUAUGUACUUGGAUAUUUUAUAAUUUGUUUAAACCAAUCAGUUGGCUUAAACACUUUGUUAAACAGAUACCAUUGUUGAUAAGAUUGAAAAUGUUGUGAAUUUCCCAACAACAACAACAACAACAACAACAACAAAAGACGCUCAUAAAAAGUAUUAAUAUGUCAAUCUUAUUUAUUUAUUAUGAUACCUUUAAUAACUAUCAUCCAGAACCUUAAAGUACAACUCAAUAGGAUAAGGGGGUUUUCAUUAUGUUUUCUUUUCUUCUCUCU